AAGUCACGCAUGCGCACGGAGGCACUUCCGCAUUGUUCGCUUCCUCAUUGCUGGCUGCGCCCAGUGCUGCGAUUCCGCCAAACUUUAGAAAAGUGUUCAGGAUCUGCAGUGAGGCAGGAUGUCCAAACCUCCACCCAAACCCGCCAAGCCAGGUCAGGUGAAGGUGUUCCGGGCGAUGUUUACAUUUGAUCCUCGGACGCCUGAUGAGCUUUACUUUGAGGAGGGAGACAUCUUAUACAUUUCAGACACCAGUGACAGUAACUGGUGGAAGGGAACAUGCAGAGGGAGAACUGGUCUUAUUCCCAGUAAUUAUGUGGCUGAACAGGCAGAGUCCAUUGACAAUCCAAUGCAUGAGGCGGCCAAGAGAGGGAAUCUGAGCUGGCUCAGGGAGUGUUUGGACAAUAAGGUUGGCAUCAAUGGACUGGAUAAAGCUGGAAACACGGCUCUAUACUGGGGCUGUCACGGGGGACACAGAGAUGUGGUGGAGCUGCUACUUUCCCAGCUGAACUGUGAGAUUAAUCAGCAGAAUAAACUGGGAGACACGGCUCUGCAUGCUGCAGCCUGGAAAGGAUAUUCAGACAUAGUGGAGAUGCUUCUAAACAAGAAUGCGAGGACAGAUGUGUUGAAUAAUGAGAAGAAGACGGCUCUGCAGAUGGCCACCAACGCUCAGUGUUCAUCUCUGCUGAAGAGGAAACAGGGCAGCGUGAUCACGCGCACGCACAGCAAUGCUGAGGAGUAUCUGGAUGAUGAAGAUUCUGACUGAGUCUAAAAGAAGCCUUAAUAACAUUCCAUCACCAAAUAGUGUGUGUGUGUGAGUGUGUGUGUGAGAGUGUGUGUGUGAGAGUGUGUGUGUGUGUGUGUGUAUUUUAUACUAACAGAGAUUGUGAGGUUUUCUUUGUUGUUUUGAUUUUGAAGCUUUAAUAACUAUGCUAAUAAAACACUUGACACGUG